AUGGCGUAUGAGUCAUUGGAAGAAUGUGGCCGCAGUUCUUUUAAACCCGAUGCUAAACGAGGUUAUUGGGCCAAUCCCAAUGACUUUAUCUACGCUGGAAUGGGUUUGGCAUUUCGUUUAGAUGCGUUUACAUUGUCAUGGUACUUUUUGAUGGAAUCGAGUUUUAUUUCCUUUGUGAUCGCAUAUUUAAUAAGUUUAGUUGUCUAUAUAAUACCAUUUAUUGUGAUACAAUCAUUUUUGGGUCAAUUUUCCAGUAGUGGCUACAUCUCAGCAUUUCGUAUAACGCCCCAUUUUAAAGGACUUGGUUAUGUAGCGCUGCUCUUAAAUAUGUUUGUAAUUUCAUUUUAUAGUAUUUUUGCCGUAGUACCUCUAGUCUAUAUGUUUGUCUCCAUGCAGCCAACUUUGCCUUGGAGCUGUGAAGGUUUCAAAAAAUGGGCCACGAAUUUAACUCAGGAGGAGGAAAGAAAUCUAUGUAAUAUAAGAAACGCAUCAGAGACUGAUUAUUCCGAUAAGUAUAUAUAUAAUCAUUAUAUACCCUCAGCGUUGUAUUUUAAAACUUUUUUUAAUGAUAAAAAUUCUGCUGAGUUGUCCAUAUCAUGGCAAUUAAUUUUAUGUGCCAUUCUAGUUUGGGCCAUAGUGACUUUAUUAAUUUUGAAAUUCUUCAAUACUGAGAGGUUCGGUAAAAUUAUCCGUUACACCAUUUGGACGCUACUCGGACUUUUGGUAAUAUUAAUAAUACGUUUCAGCUUUUUACCCGGAUACGGUCAUGUAUUUCGUCGAUUUGGCAUUCCCAACAGGGUAGAUAUUAUAAAAGGUAUUCUCAGCAUACCAUUUGAUGGAGUAAUUGCAUUAGGACCAGGCUGGGGUCUCUUCAUAACACUGUCUAGUUUCAAUAAAUUUAAAACCAAUAUUAUGAAACAGAGUUGUUUAAUUGGCCUCGGACAGUUGGUGAUAGUUAUUGGUUUGGUUUUGUUGGCCAAUUUUACGGAAAAAUAUUUUAAAGAAGUCACGUCUUUCCAUUACGUGUCGGAGGUAGGUCAUGUUUGGGAUUUAUAUUUAUCGGCCGGAAGUGUUAUGUCCCAUAUGGCUUGGGCCAACCUAUGGUCAAUAUUAUAUUAUUUUAUGCUGUUUUUGGCUGCCAUGCUUUUAAUUAUCAUGCACUUGUAUACAAUGUUAACCACCAUUUUUGAUGAGUUUGAGUCCUUGAGAGAUCUCAAAGCAGAAGUUUCCAUAUGUCUUACAACCAUGCCAGCGGUCAUCUCUUUAUACUUCACAUCAAAUCAUGGCAUUAAAUAUUUAAAGGUUUUCUUGUUCGAUAGUUACAUCUCACAAACCAUCAUUAAUUUAUUACUAAUCCUAAUUGUACUGUGGAUUUAUGGACGUAUACGUUUCCAACGUGACAUGGAAUUUAUGAUAAAUGAGCAUUUAUCCACAUGGCAAAUUGAUUUUCUUAGAUUUGUGGCUCCUUUUGAAAUGUUAUUGGCUCUGAUCGGCGGCAAACAGCGCCAACAGCUGAAAUCCUAG